AUGUUUUUCACUCAUGUUUUAAGAAAUCAAGGUUCUCAAUUUAUCAAAAAACAAACAUCAAAACCAUUAACAUCAACUCCAAAUUCAUCAAGUUCUAAACACAUCAUUAGUAUAUUAAAAGAUACAACACCAAGAAGAAUAAUUGAAUUUUCUGUUAUUGUCGGUACUGUUGUCUUAUGGCCAUUUGAAGUAUCUGCUUUUUUUGAAAAUGUUGCUGGUAUUACUAAUUUUGUAACUCCUUUACCAAAUGUUUCUGCUGAAGAAUGA